GCGUAUGAAAAUGAGCGGCCCUAAACUCUUGAUUUGAAUCUGGCGGCUGAAAAUGCAAAGCCUAACAUAAUAAGCUGACAUGCCACUGAUUCCUUCUUCUCCUUCCUCCCUUUCUUUUCACACCAUCUUUCGAGAACGUAUUCAUCAUCUUAGCAUUGACAAUGGCAGCCAACUCCUCCAAGGGCGAUUAUCACGAGCCAGAGUAUGCGAAACCGCAGGACAAGAGCAAACCGCCAUACUACCACACAAACAUCGAGCACAAGAUCCCCGCAGAGACGCAUGAGCUGCUGGAAAAGUACAGCCACAUUCCACGGGAGCAACAUUCGGAACACGUCCACAAGACGCGCGACCAAGCGUGGGAAAUCAGAUCCUACCCAUGCAUCGGCCUUGGCUCUUGGCUCGUCCCCCAGCUGCGGAGACAGCCGGUGUACAACGAGAUUCUACAGCGCGUGAAGGCUGGCGGAUCCGUGCUGGACGUCGGCACUUUCAUCGGCUACGAUCUCCGCGCCCUGGCGUAUGAUGGCGCGCCCUCCGACCAGCUGUACGGUCUCGAUAUCGUCAACCAUUUCGACGUGGGCUACGACUUCUUCCGGGACCGCGACUCGUUCAAGGGCCGCUUUAUUGAGGCAGAUAUGCUGUCUCCAGACGCGCCAGAGCUGCAGCCGCUGCGUAAGAGCGUCGACAUCGUCAUCGUCUCCCAAGUCCUGCACCAAUGGAACUGGGUCAACCAGGUGCGCGGCGCUCAGGCCUUGACCACCUUCACCAAGCCCGGCUCCAUGAUCGUCGGCAAUCAAAUUGGCAAUGUGAAGGCCCAGGAAAUCGCCUCCUUGGGCAACAAUCUCCCCGACGUUUACCGACACGAUCCCGAAAGCUUUACGAGGCUCUGGGACGAAGUGGGCAAGGCGGUAGGCAUGCGAUUUGAGACGCAAGGCCGUUUGCGAAGCUUCGUGGAGAUGGGAUGGGAUCCAAAUGACGCGGCGUGGAUGGACAAGGGGACGCGUGUGUUGGAGUUUGUCGUCCAACGACUGGAAUGAGCAAGGCGAAAGGUGACAUCUUCGCGAGGAAGCUGAACAGAGAA